AUGCUUGCCGAUGUCAGUUCCGUAGAGAGCUUGUACAAUGUGGCCGUUGAUUUGGCUCGGCUUAACUCCCAGCAGGUGCGUGCCUUACUAGAGGCGUACCAGCCAUUUAGUCGUAUAGCCAAACCCGAUCCAGCCAAAACCCCGCAAAGGCGUCACUCACCUUGCUUUGUCGACGGUUUCUAUGGCUCGGAUCAGGAUGCAGAUGGUCUGGACGCAGCUGUUGCGUUCACCGAUGAUGACUAUUUAGCCGAUGACUCCAAGUGA